AUGGACCUCGCAUCCAAAGCCCACACCAACCCCAAUCUCCUCGACACAGCCCUCCAAAAGCGCUACACCACCAUCUCCAUCCCCUCAACCUACGGCCGUCUGCACGACAGCCCAGCCCCAGGCACAGUAGCCGGAAUCGUCCUCGGCAGCGUCGCCGGCUUCGUACUACUAAUGUACGUACUAUUCCUAGCCGUGAAUCCAGGGGGCGUUGCACGAGGCGCGCCAUCAAGCGUGAGCAUGUCGAUGGACGAAGAGGAAUCAGUGCGCAGUCGAAGACGGGGGUCCCGACGCAGAAGCGAAGUGGAGGUUCUGGAGGAGAGGGAGAGUUUCAGGGAUAGUUAUCGGCGCAGACCUGCUAGUCGGCAUGAUCGGAUUGUUGUGGAGGAGUCUUUGGCUACGUCUACCACCGGGGAUGGGGAUGUGGUGGAGGUUAUUGAGGAGGAGAGCUCGGUUCCUUCGGAUAUGUCCCCUCGUCCGCCUAGACGGUCUAGACGGGGGGUUAGGCAUGUGGAUCCGAUGGCUUAUGGGGGGGAUAGUGAUUAUGAGAGUCGGAGGUAG